UAUGUUUUAACGAGAAUAAAGAAAUACAACAAAUUCUGGAUAUAGAAAUUCUUCAAAUGCAUAUGUUAUGGCAAUGAAAGCGCUCUAAGAGAAAAUAAAGGUUAUGGAAACUUAAAGAAGUGACACAUUAUUACCAACGAAAACAAAAUCUAACGAUGAAGAAUAUUUAUUAUAGUAAAUAUCUGAGUUGAGAAAUUAGAAUGAAACAUUAACCAUGUAAUUGCAAAGAUAACAAAAUGAAAAAGAAAACAUUAGUAAUUACAUUUAUUAAAUUGAUUAAUUGUAAUAAGAAAGAUUAGUUCAUUUAAAAGAAUACUAAGAUAGAGUCACUGAUUUAAUAAAAAAGAUUGAAGAUGGAAAAAAAGAUAGAUAAGAUUAAUAAAAUUAGAUUGAAUAUUUACAAAGAUAAUUAUAAGCUUAUAAAGCUAAUGAAAGAGGUUUAAUGUAAAAGGUAGAUUAGCAAAAAUAGGAAGAAAACUCAAAAUAAUUAGAAUAAAUUAUGGAAUUAAGAUAGAGAGUAGAAUCAGGUGAAUAAUAUGCAAAAAAGUUAGAAAAGAAAUAUGAAAAAUUAUAAACUGAAAAACAUUAACUGGAAGCAGAUAUUCUAGAUUAUAAAGAGCGAUGUCCAGUGUUUAAGUUAUAGGAGUAUGAAAAGUAAAUUCAAAUAUAUAGAUCAUAACUUGAAGAAAAAGAGAAAGCAUAUUUGAGAAUGAUGGAAGAAUUAUAAAUGCAGCGUUAAUAAACUGAAGAUUAAUUAACAAAAAGAAUUUAAGAAUUAUUAAAUAAAAGUAAUGAAUAUUAAUCAAAUAUUCAUUAAUUAACCAUAGAAUUAAAAGAUAUUACUUUAAAAUAUCAAUAAUUGAAAUUAAGAUUAGAAUAUGAAGAGAAAAAUAAUUAAUAAAAUAAAAAAAGAUUGAGAAAUAUUUCAUAAUCAGAAGAUCCUGAAUUUGAUAUGCUUAUCAAUAAUUAAUAUUAAAGUAAUAAUUAAUAACCAAAUAAUAAUAAUAAAGUCUCAAAACUUAAUUUAGAUUUCUUAUCACCACAAAUAACAAGUCCAAGAUUUGAAUAAAGCUUUGUAAAAUCAAGUGUUUUAAAAUAAGCCAUAAAAGAUUGUUUAGAAGAUAUGAAAUAAACUACUCCAUUUAAAUCUGAUUAGCACAAUUUAAUAUCUUAAGAAUAACAUCAUUAGUAAUAGCAUUCUAAAAAAAAGUUAUUAUCACCUCCCUUAACUGUUCGUAAUAGUGAGAUCGAAAGUAAACUCAAGUAAUUAAAUGAUAAAUACGAAUAACUUAUUAGAUAAGCCUAAAAAGAAUCAGAUUUUAAAUAAAAAGCCUAAAUUAGAAAAGAGUUAUUAGAUAUUGCUGAAUAGAUUAAAGAAGUAAAUAGGAAAUAAUGA